CCUCGAGGCCAGCCCGGGACUGGGUCUGGGAGCUGCAAGGCGGCGGCGCCGGCGGCAGAGGCGGCAGCGAGCGCCCGCGCUCGGACGCCCCCAGGCGGUGGGGCUGAGAGAGCCGGAGGAUGGCUCCGGGCGCUGACCCAGGCGUGCUCAGGAUGUUACUGUUCCUGCCGCUGCUGUGGUUUCUGCCCUGCGCUGAGGGGUCCCAGAGGGCUGAGCCCAUGUUCACUGCAGUGACCAACUCAGUCCUGCCCCCUGACUAUGACAGCAACCCCACCCAGCUCAACUAUGGCGUGGCAGUUACUGAUGUGGACCAUGAUGGGGACUUCGAGAUUGUCGUGGCAGGGUACAACGGCCCCAACCUGGUCCUGAAGUACGACCGGGCCCAGAGGCGGCUGGUGAACAUCGCGGUGGACCAGCGCAGCUCACCCUACUACGCGCUGCGGGACCGGCAGGGCAACGCCAUCGGGGUCACGGCCUGCGACAUCGACGGGGACGGCCGGGAGGAGAUCUACUUCCUCAACACCAACAACGCCUUCUCAGGGGUGGCCACGUACACGGACAAGCUGUUCAAGUUCCGCAAUAACCGGUGGGAAGACAUCCUGAGCGACGAGGUCAACGUGGCCCGCGGCGUGGCCAGCCUCUUUGCCGGACGCUCCGUGGCCUGCGUGGACAGGACGGGCUCGGGACGCUACUCCAUCUACAUCGCCAAUUACGCCUAUGGGAACGUGGGCCCGGAUGCCCUCAUAGAGAUGGACCCCGAGGCCAGUGACCUCUCCCGGGGCAUUCUGGCUCUCCGGGAUGUGGCCGCCGAGGCUGGGGUCAGCAAAUACACAGGGGGCCGAGGUGUCAGCGUGGGCCCCAUCCUCAGCAGCAGUGCCUCUGACAUCUUCUGUGACAACGAGAACGGGCCCAACUUCCUCUUCCACAACCGGGGUGACGGCACGUUUGUGGACGCAGCAGCCAGCGCUGGGGUGGACGACCCGCACCAGCACGGGAGAGGCGUCGCCCUGGCCGAUUUCAAUAGGGACGGCAAGGUGGACAUCGUAUAUGGCAACUGGAACGGCCCUGCCCGCCUCUACCUGCAGAUGAGCGCCCACGGGAAGGUCCGCUUCCGGGACAUCGCCUCGCCCAAGUUCUCCAUGCCCUCCCCGGUCCGCACAGUCAUCGCUGCCGACUUCGACAACGACCAGGAGCUGGAGGUCUUCUUCAACAACAUCGCCUACCGCAGCUCCUCCGCCAACCGCCUCUUCCGUGUCAUCCGCAGGGAACAUGGAGACCCCCUCAUCGAGGAGCUCAAUCCUGGCGACGCCUUGGAGCCCGAGGGCCGGGGCACAGGGGGCGUGGUGACGGACUUCGAUGGAGACGGGAUGCUGGACCUCAUCUUGUCCCAUGGAGAGUCCAUGGCUCAGCCGCUGUCUGUCUUCCGGGGGAAUCAGGGCUUCAGCAACAACUGGCUGCGCGUGGUGCCGCGGACCCGGUUCGGGGCCUUCGCCAGGGGCGCCAAGGUCGUGCUCUACACCAAGAAGAGCGGCGCCCACCUGCGGAUCAUCGACGGGGGCUCGGGCUACCUGUGCGAGAUGGAGCCCGUGGCGCACUUCGGCCUGGGGAAAGAUGAAGCCAGCAGCGUGGAGGUGACAUGGCCGGAUGGCAAGAUGGCGAGCCGGAAUGUGGCCAGUGAGGAGAUGAACUCCGUUCUAGAGAUCCCCUACCCCCGGGAGGAGGACGCGCUGCAGGACCCGGCCCCGCUGCAGUGCGGCCAGGGAUUCUCCCAGCAGGAAGAUGGCCAUUGCAUGGACACCAACGAGUGCAUCCAGUUCCCGUUCGUGUGCCCCCGAGACAAGCCGGUGUGCGUCAACACCUACGGGAGCUACCGGUGCCGGACCAACAAGCGGUGUGGACGGGGCUACGAGCCCAACGAGGACGGCACGGCCUGUGUGGCUCAAGUGGCCUUUUUAGGUGGGUACUCUUCGGCUGCCUUUAGAAUCUCUGAGCCUCUCUCUCGGGCCUCCUAUCUCUCUCUAGGCCUCGGACUUUGCCUUCAGUUCUAUGCACUUUAAAUCCCGUCAAUAAAGGACAAACAAAACUGACGACCUUUGUGGAAAACUAAAUCUCUCUCCUGCUGCCUGUCCACGCCCAGUAGAUUCUGCUGCGUGCUCCCUCCGAACGGACAGCAGGGUGGCCAUCUUUGAAAAGGGAAGUGUGGGAGACACUGAUGUGACCUUAGUUGUUCGUCAAGCCUUUCUUUGCAUGUUUUCUGAGAAAACAGAAAAGGAAAGUCUCCCCUGUACCCCACCCAGCCUCCUUCAGUCCUUCAGAAGAACAAGAUAGUCCUCUCUUAUCUGGAUUCUCCAGUGUCUCUUGAGCAUCUUCUUCUGCCCUUAACAAAGAUGGCUCCCCGGUGGUUGCUUGCUCGGUUGAUUCGAUAAUGUACCAUGUGCCUGCUGGUUUGGCCUGUGCGGUCUCCGCUUUGUCCACCCUGGCUUCCUGUGGUAGAGAAAGCCUUACCGGGACGACGAUGAUGACGGGAGGGUGAAGGGAAUUCUUGAUAAAAAUGCUUACGUUUGAACUUGCUACGUCUUCCAGCCUCUUUUCUGAAGAAGUUAUGCCCAUGAACUCUCUGAUGGAUAUUAGCACUUAGCCAGUAGGAAAGAGGAGUGUCUGGGCAAGGAGAUGCUGGUUGGAAGGCUGAAUUGACAGAAGGCCUGCCACCGGGUGGUGCUGGGGAAAAAAUCUAUGACACAGAGAAGGUGCCACCCCCAGCCUGAGCAGUGGUUUGGUGUGUGCUACUGUGUCCAUGUUGUGGGAAAACAGGGAUUAGCCCAGUCAAAGAAUGUGGGACGAGAACAGGGUAGACUGGGAGCGAGUAUUCUAGGCCUUUUACCUAGGGGAAGUUACUUCCCUGUUCUGGGCCUCAGUUUCCCUCAUCCAAAUAAGAGAGUUGGGCUGGCAUAUCCUAAGGACCCUUUCCUUCCUCAGACCCCUCCGCGUGUGACUGGACCCAGGCCUAGCUGGCCUGGCGUUACCCGGACUUCUAGAAAGAACCUUGGGAGUUGGUCUCUGCAGUGUGCUUAGAAACCUGGCCACUGCCACCGCCAGAGUCCCCUUCGGGGUUGCUGUAAUGCCAUGGAGUAUGCCCACAACCAGCCUCAGCGGUGAGGGCUCACUAUAAAUCACACGUCUAUUCUUCACGGAGAAAGAAAGUCACCCUGAGAUACAAUAAAAUCAUACUUAAGAAUGCAGCAAGCCUUUUAAACACAUAUUUAACCAAAAAAACUACCAUUUCUGAUACCAUAAUAAUACUCCCAAUAAAUCACAAAAUAUGAAUUCCCUGCAGCUAGUGUUUAUAGAGUUGGAACAGGAGCUUACAAGAAAAGUUUCUAGGGACCAGCGGGUGGCGAGGUGGUU